AUGAAUGCCUUGAGAGCCAUCUGUCUCCCACAAGACCCAAACGCCGACGUGUCUAGUCAAUUACCUCUCCUUGGGUCCAGGAAGCUUUUGCUUACCAAGGAAGGUACUACGUUAGCACAAUGUCAGGACAAGCUUCUUGACCGCUUGGCUCAAGACCUCGAGAUGUGGGCUCAAUUACAAUGGUGGGCUAUAGAAUGGAAAACACUGACUAGCCCUACCGGGCUACAACAAAGUGUGGAUGAAAAAUACAGGAUUGAAAGCAAUGUUGGUGGAAUCAAUAUAAUUUGCAUCGCCUCCCAGUUUCAACGUGAUAUGAUUGCCUGCGUCCUUUGGUAUUCACACCAGGAAUUCGGGACAUUUGGGAAUGUCAUGCUCACUCUCUACCAAUCUGCGACAAUCGAAAUCUCACAUAUUUUCUCAGAUCCAUGCUGGCUGUCUUUAGAAUGUGAACUGCCUGUCAUGCCACUUCAGCUGAGCUACGAGCAAGCAAUCUCUGCAUUGAGUCAUGCUGAGAGUUCUCUCCAACAUCUCCAUCUCGAAGCUAUAAUCUAUGCACCUGUUCUGUACGCCAUUGGAAUGGAGAUGGCACGCAAGUCGGACAGAUAUCGGAUCCUGAGGUUUAUUAGCCAUAUUGAAAAAAAGGGGUUUUCGGUCACAAAGCAAGUCAUUUUGGCUAUCAAAAAGAACUGGCACUAA